AUGCAGCUGGAUGAGUUGAAGCAGGCUGUGCAGACGCAAGUGUCCCAGCAUGAGCUGCACGAUGCGAUUCGAGCGUGUGUUGCGGAGAUGUUGGACGCUGGGAUUGAUCCGCAGCGUGAGCCCGACAUUCUGCGCGUUCGACUUCGUGAACGGGGCAUUGUUGACAGAGUCAUCAGCGGCAUAGGCCUGGCCGCGCGCCCCGCGCGCCCAGAAACGCUGGUGGCCAGUCAAGCCCGUCCGUCCCGUGGCCUUGACCAGCGGGAUCCGCGGCACCAAUACAUUCAUCUGACCAUCGGUGGUGGCGCGGCCUUUUUGGACGCGGAAGGAAGCGUGCAUAGCCACUUGCAGUUACAUGCAGCCUAUGGCCAAGAGCGCUAUCGAUCAGCAUUGGUCCCCUUUGCAGCUGAACCGGAUCUGCAUGAAUCUUUUCUCUUCAAACUUGAACGCAACAGUCAUACGUCUUCGCAUGCCAUUGUGGACGCACGCCAGGGUAUCCAUCUCGUACUGACCCGCGUUUCCCUGGGAUCGCGAAAACACACUGAAUUGCUGAGCUCUCACUUUAUCGACUGGCGUCAGUAUCUUCUGCGACAAUCGCGCCAAGCCAGCCAUGGAUGGCACAGCUUGGAGAUGCGUGGCGUGGGAGCCACGGCUCAUAUCCCAGCUGGCAUUUUGUAUGCGCAACUUGACUUGCUUCCCGCCUUGCCCGAGCAUUUGACUUCUGACGCACUUGAAGCUGAAUUGGCCCAUCAACGAGAGGUCUCGCUGCGUCAUCAGCGGCUCUUCAUCACGGCUGCCCAGCGAUGGUGGGAACAGUUUAUCGAGAUACGCGCCGCCCACCUCAAGCGGCUCGUCAAGCUCUUUGCCAGCUCAGAAAACCAAGACCGCAUGCCCGUGUGCUGCUUUCCCUGCGUCAUCCCACCCAAAUCAUACGUCUGCGUUGGCGUUCGAGCCGCCACGGACGAGGAAGACGGUUGGGCUCUGCAUUUCUGGGUCAUGACCUUGGCUCCCGGUGAAGUUUGUUUCUGGGAGCCUCGCAACGGCCAGCGAAUCUCACUGCGCACGGAUCACGAGGCAGUUGCUCGCUACGUCAGCCUCGACACCGUCUUCAACCACGAGCGCUUCUAUGCCAACGUGCAAGAGACAAAUCGCCUGGCCAACAUGACCUUUGACCUCCGCAACGAGGCCGCUUGGAAGGCUUUUGCGCCCGAUGCAUUGCGUGAUGCGCGUGCAGCCUUUGCCGAGCGCGUUCCAACUCCUCGCCUUGCUUUGCCCUCGCUGCAUCGUGAGACUAUUGCGCAGCAGCUCGAACUCGAUCUUCGUGAAGCCCUAUUGCAGGCACGGCAUGGCAUGGGUUUGUCAACGUCCGUGGACGCCCAGCUUGCCUGCAUUCUCCCCCAAGCUUUGGCGGCCUAUGAGAUGGAGCGGGUUACCGGCCUGACCACGGGCAACGAGGAGUUUCAGUGGGCCGUUAAGGCACGCGUGCCGCCAGGGCAUACUUUCAAGGGCUUUCCCCUGGUCGUCAAUCAUGCUGCAAGUCACGUUGUAUUUGAUCGUAUCAUGUCUUCAGAGGUUGGACGGGCCAUCGUGGGGGCUGAAGGUAAGCGACACGGACGUGGCUUCUAG